AUGGAGAAUGAGGACCAUUGUAAGGCAAUCUACCUACAUGUCCUCACCACCAACAACACUGCCAUCCACUUCUAUGAGAACCGGGACUUCAGGCAGCACAACUAUCUGCCCUACUACUACUCUAUACGAGGCGUCCUCAUAGAUGGAUUCACAUAUGUGUUCUACAUCAAUGGGGGUCAUCCACCCUGGACAAUAUUUGACUAUAUCCAGCACAUCGGUUCAACCCUGGCCAGCCUGAGCCCCUGCUCCAUCCCUCAGAGGCUGUACCGGCAGGCCCAGUCCCUGCUGCGCUCUCUGCUCCCCUGGUCCAACAUCGCCUCCAAGACCGGCAUACAGUACAGCAGAACAAUGUGCAGUUUUCCAAGAGAAAAUAGAUAA